AUGUUCCAGAAGAAACAACCUCAGCCCCGCCGUGGGGAUUCCGUGAGGUCUUCCUUCACGGCGACAGGAGAGACGGCCGACAUCGAGACGGAAAAAGGCCCCUUCGACGAUGAGUCCAAAGUGCCAUUUCUGACCGUAAGGACGUUUUUCAUGGCGGUCUUGGUUUCUUUCGGCGGUCUAUGUUUUGGUUACGACACUGGUCAAAUUUCUGGAUUCCUGGAGAUGGACGACUUCCUCCGGAACUUUGCAGAUCAAAGAAAUCCCAUGGGCUUCAGUAACGUCCGCUCGGGCUUGAUCGUAGGAAUGCUGUCCAUUGGGACGUUGAUCGGAGCUCUGAUUGCCGGUCCAAUUGCCAACAACCGGACUCUUGGUCGCAAGUAUUCGAUUGUCAUUUGGACCAUUGUAUUCUGUAUCGGUGUCGCUGUUCAGAUAGGCUCGAGCUCCGGUCAUUGGUACGAGGUCAUGAUUGGCCGUAUCAUCGCUGGAUUGGCCAUUGGAGGUCUCUCAGUGUUGGUCCCUGCAUAUCAGGGAGAAAGCAGCCCUCGACACGUCCGUGGAGCCAUCGUCUGUUGUUACCAGCUCUUCAUCACCAUUGGCAUCCUCAUCGCGAAUCUGAUCAACUUCGGCACUGAGGCAAUCAACAACACGGCAUCCUGGAGAGUCCCGAUGGGCAUUGGCUUUUUGUUCGCUAUCGUGCUCGGCGUUGGUAUCCUCUUCUUUCCCGAAACUCCCAGGCACGACUACCGCCAUGGAAAGAUUGAUCCUGCCACAACAAGCAUUGCGAGGUUCCACGGGGUGUCUGAACGCCACAAAGUGGUCAAGGACCAGCUAGUGGAGAUGCAAGAAAAGCUGCAAAUAGAACUCGAAGGUGGAAAGCAUCCUAUCUGGGAGAUUUUCACCGGACCCAGGAUGGCUUACCGGGUUAUGUUGGGCUGUACCGUCCAGGCCCUCCAACAGCUUACAGGCGCGAACUACUUUUUCUAUUACGGGACGACCGUUUUUGCAUCCGUCGGUCUUUCGAACUCUUACGUUACUCAGAUCAUUCUCGGUGCCGUCAAUGUCGCCACAACGUUCCCAGGCCUCUAUUUCGUCGAGAAGUUCGGACGACGCAAAUGCCUUAUGAUCGGUGCCGGGUGGAUGUUCAUGUGCUUCCUCGUCUUCGCCUCUUGCGGACAAUUUGCGCUCAAGAACGCCGAUGGCUCAAACAAUCAGAGCAUCGGCUACGUGAUGAUCAUUUUCUCCUGUCUAUUUAUUGCUGCCUUUGCUUCGACAUGGGGCCCAAUGGCAUGGGCAGUGACUGCUGAGAUCUAUCCCUCGCGAUACCGCUCACAGUGCAUUGCCCUCUGUGCUGCUUCUAACUGGCUGUUCAACUUUCUCAUCGCUUUCUUCACCCCCUUCAUUACAGGCGACAUAAACUAUUCGUACGGCUACGUUUUUGCAGGAUGCAACCUCUUCGCAGUUUUCUUUGUCUACUUCUGCUUGCCGGAGACCUCUGGCAGAUCACUGGAAGAGAUCGAUACCAUGUUCUUGCUGGAGGUGAAACCAUGGAAGAGUAGCAAGUGGGUGCCGCCUAAGGGCGAAGAUCUCAUCACCGCAGACAAGCUGCGGCUGGAGAGCGGUGCGAGAGAUAUCUCAAAGAGGCAAGAAGGUGGUGCCGGCGCGGCUGAGCAGCACGAGACAUUGGGAAAAGAGGGUCACGGGGAUCUGCCUGAAGUUCCAAUUGUGUCUGGUACACAACAUCAGUAUGGUGCCGGUGUUCGAGGGGAUUCUUAUGUCGGCCGUACAUAA